AAUUCGUGUUUCUAAACUUCUAAAUUUCACCGUGGAUUUGAUCAAGGGCACAUCUGUUGACUUUGUCAAAGCUAAGUUUACUUAAAACUGAAAUUUGAUCAGUAGAACUACUUACAUCGAUUCGUGAGAGUAUUGUUCGCCAUGUGGAAACUGCUGGCCUGUGUUCUCAUGGCCUCUGCGUUGCAGGCGCGUGAUCUACGGAAGAGACAGACUAUAUGCUCAAAUGUGUGCGACGUGUCCCGCUGCUCAUCUGCUCUAGAGUCUUGUUAUUUCGGCGUGGUGAAGGACAGAUGUGACUGUUGCACGGUGUGUGCAGCGGGAGAGGGGGAGUAUUGCGGCGAGCGCGGACAUGCAGUUUGCGGUCAGGGGAUGACCUGUGACUAUCGCACAAGUGCGCGCGGUACGUGCGUGUGCGACUCCCACGAGCCAGUGUGCGGCAGCGAUGGGAGAACUUAUCCCAGCAUCUGUCGACUGAAAGCUGAGAACAGACGGGCUGAGAUGAGCGGCAUACCUGCUGUCAUUUUCAUCCAGAGAGGCCCCUGCGAGACAGGCUCUCGAAAUCCAAGCAGCAUGCGCUACAAAUUUAACUUCAUAGCAGAUGUGGUGGAUAAGAUUGCCCCUGCAGUGGUCCAUCUAGAACUGUUUACUAGGCUUCCAUUUUCCAACCAAGACGUCCCUGUGUCCAGUGGUUCAGGGUUUAUAGUGUCAGAGGAUGGGUGGAUCGUCACCAAUGCACAUGUACUGUCCAAUAAACAACAUAUCAAAGUGGAGCUAAAAAAUGGCAUGUUCUACGAUGCCGCAAUCAAAGAUGUGGAUCAAAAAUUAGACAUUGCUCUCAUUAAGAUCGACUCAGAGACUCCCCUGCCUGUGCUUUUACUUGGUCGUUCUUCAGACCUGAGGCCAGGAGAGUUUGUAGUAGCCGUGGGAAGCCCGUUUUCCCUUCAAAACACAGUGACCACCGGUAUCGUCAGCACUACCCACCGAGGAGGUCAUGAACUUGGCCUGCAGAACUCUGAUAUGGAUUAUAUUCAAACAGAUGCCAUUAUAAAUUACGGAAACUCAGGAGGACCUCUUGUAAACUUGGAUGGGGAUGUUAUUGGCAUAAACACGCUUAAGGUUACGCCAGGAAUAUCAUUUGCCAUUCCCUCGGACCGCAUACGCCAGUUCCUUGCAGACUCCUAUGACAGGCAAAGAAAAGGAAGAAUGCAGACUAAAAAAAGAUAUAUAGGAGUGCGAAUGCUUCAACUUUCAGCUGCUUUGAUUAGGGAGCUCAAGGAGAAGGAGAGCAACUUCCCAGAUGUGAGAUCUGGGGUGUAUGUGUAUGAGGUUAUUCCAGGGACAGCUGCCUUCAGCGCUGGCUUGCUCAACCAAGAUGUGAUAAUCAGCAUUAACGGACAAUCAGUGCACUCUACAGAGAACGUGAGUCAGGCCGUGCAGUCAGACAAAGUUCUGUCUUUGGUGGUGCGACGUGCUAAUGAAGAAAUCACACUAACAGUGGUUCCUGAUGAAGUGGACUGAAUCUUGCGAGUUUUUAUCUACAUACCUCCAAACAAUAUACUACCCACACAUGUGCAUUAUAUGGGCAUUAUGUUAAUAGCAUACAGGAUCAUGAAAUGUCAAGGCCAAGUGAUGCGUUUGGAUAUGAAUUCAAAAGUCUUUUAUUUUUAAGAUGUAUUGUGCUUCUGUAUAUAUUGUCCUGAUUUAAAUGUCAGUUUUGCAUUGCCAAAUAUCAUUAGAUACUCAUAUGCACUACUGUUUAAAAUGUAUAUUUUAAUAACUGUUUUGCCUGUAAAUAUUCCUGAGAUGGCACAACUGAAUUUUCAGCAGUCAUUACUCUAGUCUUUAGUAUCACGUGAUCCUUCAGAAAUCAUUCUAAUAUGCUGAUUUGCUGCUCAAAAAAAUAAUCAUUGUGUUUUGAGUGAAAGAGACUUGUAGUGCAUGUAAAGAUUGAAGCCGAUUAUCUGUCAGGGGUAAUCCAUCACAUGGUCAACAUAAACACUGUAUGCAAGUACUUCCUACUGCUUUCAAUUGUUUUCAAAUACAGAAUCCUUUUCACUGCCA